ACCGGCGCGAGCUCCGAGCGCGGAAGCACGUCACGUCACGUCUUGGUUAGCUUUAGCAAGCGAGAAAACGGAUUAUAAUUGUUUUACAAUGGAUUUAAUUCCCGCGCACACACGUGACAUGUACAUACACGCGAUGGUAAACAUGCGUAUGUCUGGAGAACGGAGCCAGUGCAUUGUGGAAGGCUGUAAAGAUGUGGGAGGCCUCUCAGUUACAGAUUGUCACCUGUCGCCCGUUUAAGUUGUAUCGCUAAGAGAUAUCAUCUUUAUUAUGGUUUGACAAUCGGCGAGUGUGUUGAGCAAUGGAAGAGGAUGACGAGGAGGUUUCUCUUACAAGCGCGCGACGACGUGAGAGCAGCAUCCCUGGAGGGUCCAGCUUGUACCAGUCGGUGCAGGACAGCCUGAGUCAGGGCUCGCAGCAGACGUUGUACCAGAGCGUCCGCAACACCCUGUACGAGGACACCAUGAGCGUCAACAGCAUGCGCAGCGCCGUCUCUUUGGACAAUCUCUACCCCACGUGCACGGACGACUCGUCCACCGUCGACAACGGCACAAAUGAUACAGUUUUAGACGGGAGUUACACAGACACGAAGAAUAAUCUACAUGACACAAGAUUGAUUUCGCAUUCCGGCACAAGAUAUAGCUUAUAUUUUCGUGAUGAAAUACGCUCAGUUGAUUUCGUACUCGUGUGGGACGAGUACAACGGAGAGGCACAGACCUAUCGCAGUGUCGAACGUAGAAGAAUAUUUGAGAAGAAUCUGGAAAAGGAAGGACUGCAAUUAGAAUACGAACAGGCGGAACCAAAUGGCCUGCACUUCAUAAAGAUUCACGCGCCCAAGCACGUUUUGCGACGAUAUGCCGAGAUAUUGAAACUUCGACUGCCAAUGAGAGAACUGCCUGGUUGCCAAAUGCCUCAAACGAGCAGUAACGUUAUUAUCAAGGAGGUCAACUCGUUUUUCCGACGGAUCAUGAACAAAUAUUACGUCGACAUGACUAUCUUCCCGACGAUGAGGCAGAACUUCACAGCGGUUUACUGUAGAGACAAGGAUUACUUAUUCGAUCUGGAUUCGCCGAAUUUUUUCACGUCGGCAACGCGAUCGCGUAUCGUGCAAUUUAUUUUGGACAGAACCAGAUUUACGGAGACCAAGGAGGACGAUUUCGCAUUUGGCGUCGAGAGAUUGAUAUCCGAACAUGCGUACGUCGCGGCGUAUCCGCUUCACGAUGGAAGUCUGCACACUCCAGACUCGAUGAGAUAUCUUUUGUACACCGAGUGGGCCAGUUUGAGAAGAUGUCUGCAUUAUCAGCCCUUGGAUUAUGUCAAAGAAUACUUUGGGGUGAAGAUCGGGCUUUAUUUCGCAUGGCUGGGAUUUUACACUCACAUGCUGAUUCCAGCCAGUAUCGUCGGUCUCUUGUGCUUCAUAUAUAGCUGCGUUACUUUGGACUACAACAAACCGAGCGAAGAUAUUUGUAACGUUAACAACACUAUCUUGAUGUGUCCAUUGUGCGAUUAUUUUUGUGACUACUGGGACCUAAAGGAAACAUGUUUACACUCGAAGAUUACAUAUCUGUUCGAUAAUCCGUCGACGGUGUUUUUCUCUAUAUUUAUGUCACUAUGGGCCACAUUGUUCCUUGAACUAUGGAAGAAAUAUUCUGCCGAAAUAACCCACAGAUGGGAUUUGACUGGUUUAGAUGCUCAAGAAGAAUAUCCUAGGCCGCAGUACUUAGCGCGGCUUGCGCAUAUUAAGAAGAAGUCUAUCAAUAUUAUUACAAAUACAGAAGAGCCAAAAGUGCCAUACUGGAAGAUGAAAUUGCCAGCUAUGAUAUUCAGUUUUUCAGUGGUUCUACUUUUGAUAGCUGUAGCCAUGGCUGCUGUACUUGGAGUAGUCCUGUAUAGAAUGUCAGUUUUAACUGCGUUAAGAGUUUCUGGACACCCGAUGGUAACCAGUUAUGCUAUAUUGUUAACUACCGCGACCGCCGCGUGCAUCAAUCUCUGUUGCAUCAUUUUGUUCAAUUGGCUCUACGUUUGGCUGGCAGAAUAUUUGACAGAGAUCGAAUUACUUCGUACCCAGACUGAAUUCGACGACAGCUUGACUUUGAAAAUUUACUUGUUGGAAUUUGUGAAUUAUUACGCCUCUAUAUUUUACAUAGCGUUUUUCAAGGGGAAAUUCACCGGUUAUCCAGGCAAUUAUAAUCGUUUCUUGGGAGCUCGGCAAGAAGAGUGCGGGCCAGGCGGUUGUCUCUUGGAAUUGUGCAUCCAACUGAGCAUUAUUAUGAUUGGCAAACAAGCCAUGAACACCAUCUUAGAAAUGCUUUUUCCGCUAUUUUACAAAUGGUUGAACACUUUGAAAGUUCACGUCGGCUCGAAAAAGUUGGAAGAUCCAAAUAAAAGAUAUUCGUCUAGAAAAUACUUGCAAUGGGUCAGAGAUUAUAAAUUAGUUCAAUGGGGACCUAGAAGUCUCUUUCCCGAAUAUUUAGAAAUGGUUCUACAAUAUGGAUUUGUUACAAUCUUCGUCGCUGCGUUUCCAUUAGCGCCAUUCUUUGCGUUACUGAAUAACGUUUUCGAGAUGAGAUUAGACGCGAAAAAAUUAUUAACCUUGUACAGAAGGCCAGUCGGACAGCGUGUCCGAGACAUAGGUAUAUGGUAUCGCAUUCUCGAUUCCAUUUCCAAAUUAUCUGUUAUCACAAAUGCAUUCAUCAUAGCUUUUACUUCGAACUUCAUACCGAGGCUAGUUUACCGUAUAACAAUUUCUGAUCAUUAUUCGUUAGAAGGUUUCCUGGAUCAUUCUCUAUCAAAAUUCAAUACUAACGAACUAAAAAAUGAAACUCAGUCAAAUAUGACGAUGAAUAAUGUCCCAAUCGAGAUUUGCCGCUACCCAGAUUAUAGAGAGCCGCCAGACUCGCCAAACAAGUACGAAUAUAGUAUCAUGUUCUGGCAUAUACUAGCGGCUAGAUUAGCUUUCAUCGUCGUUUUUGAGAAUAUUGUGGCGCUUGUAAUGAUCCUCAUACGAUGGUGCAUUCCUGAUAUGAGUGCCACGUUACGCAAUAGGAUACGUCGCGAAGCGUACAUCACCAACGAAAUUAUUAUACAUCAAGAGGCACUACGGGCUUGCGAAAGGCCCGAGACGAAUGAUAUAGAACCAAGAAUCGCGAAAACUUACGUGGUUGCCAACGAGAGUGCCGACAGGUGGAACCGAGUCAUGGGAAAUUGCUUGACAACUUCAGAAUUCGAUCUGGAAGUCCACGGCAGUCCUGUCUCGCCCAUCAAUACGGCCCCCCGUAUCAGUACUGCUGUUAUCUGAUAGAUAAGGAUUCGUCAAAUCCGUGGGAUUCGCGAGUAGCAUAAGUUUUUGAAAAUAUAUUAGGUUGGUGCAAAAAGUUCGUCGUUUAUACCAGAAGAUAAGAUUAAAUGGAAAUGGAUAGACAAAGCUAUUUUUAGAAGUAAUUUUUAUUAAUUACAAUAGAGUCACUAUUGUGACUUCGAUAUACAUCCGUUUUAUUUAGACAAAGAGGUCGAGAAUCUUUUUUUUUAGAACACUAUUAGCUCUGAAAAAUUGUAACUUAAGAAAACCACGGCUAACUUUUUGCAUCAGUUCAAUAAUAUCGUGAUUUUUCGCUAGUCGUGGUAUUAGAAUUGUUCUAAAGAUCUGACGAAAGAGGAUAUUAUUUUUGAAGGUGCAUAUAUGUUCACGUUGAAAGUAUAUUUUUAAAAGGUCACUUUCUAAUUAACUAUAGCUUACCCCCAAUUGUAACAGAUGCCAUAUAAAGCUUAUACAUGUAUUUUUAAUAUGAAUAAGAAUCUCUACAAAUCUUGUCAAUUUUAUUAACACGUUAACUGCCAUGAUGAUUACCGACGCUAUUAAAAUUUUUUAAGUUGUAAAAACGUAAAUGCCGUCUAAUAUAUAAAAUCUUGAAUGACAUAAAUAGCUAGACAACGAAAUAAAGUGAAAAGAUGGUAUUUAAGGUAUCCUUAAGGAGACAGAUUUAUUUAAUCAUAUUUUAUGCCGACGAUGAUGAAAAUUUCACCGUGGCAUAUAUGGUAACAUAAAACCAAGCAGAUGACGUGUUAACAGAAUUAAAAUAACGUUCGUCUGUACAUUGCGACCAUUAGACCAUUAGAGUGAAUUUUUCUAAACGGUAUUGCAAUAUUGAUAUAUAUACAUAUUGUUAUUUUUCUCGGAGUAUAUUAAUGCAAAUGAUUUUAUCAUUGUUAGCAACGUUUCUGAAAAAGAAAUAUAUUUUUACUACAAUUGCUAUUAUUUUUAGAACGUUAUGUAAAAUAGUCAAGUAUGCAAUAUAUAUGAGUCUUUGUUGUAUCCAAUGGUUUAAUUUCGGAGGAGAUGGAAUUAAUGAUACUGUUUUUCAGUUAUCAGCAAUCAUGUGUAUGUACGAUUAGGAAUAUGAUAAGCAUAUGUUACAAAAAUAAUAUCUGUCAGUAUUAGAUAUUAUGAUCUCUUACUAUAAAUUUUACGCACAGUAAUUAUACCGACCAACAAUUUAGUCAUUUAGUUGUCGAGCGAUUAAAAUUAAUUUCUUGUUGCA